CCCUCCUCCUCCUCCCUCCCUCCUCCUCCCUCCUGUGCUGCUGCUGCUACGCUCAUUCUCGCCGCCUUCAGCGCCACCAGCGCACGGACGACACAGCCGACACAGCCCCGCCAGCAGCAGCAGCAGCGCGUGUGUGUGUGCGCCUACCCCUCUCAGCUCGCCAGUGGGAUAACCGCACCCCGUGUGCCAGGACCAGGCUCGGUGUGACUCCUCGUGCCUCCACCGCCGCGGCAGCGACGCAACGUGCAGAGUAGUGGAGCAGCAGCAGCAGCAGCAGGAUGGCGAAGAAGGCAGUCAUCUCCAAGGACGACUUGGAGGAGCUUCGGGAGGCGUUCUCCAAAGUUGACCUGGACGGCAGUGGCUACGUCAAUGACUAUGAGCUGCAGGAGCUCUUUAAGGAGGCCAAUCUGCCGCUGCCGGGCUACAAGGUGCGCGAGAUCAUCACCCACCUCAUGUCCGAAAGCGACACCAACCGGGAUGGCAAGAUCAGCUUCGAGGAGUUUGUGUCGAUCUUCCAUGGGCUGAAGAGCAGCGAGGUGAGCAAGACGUUCCGCCGGGCCAUCAACAAGAAGGAGGGCAUCUGUGCCAUGGGUGGCCUGUCGGAGCUGUCCAGCGCUGGGACACAGCACUCCUACUCUGAGGAAGAGAAGUUUGCGUUUGUGAAUUGGAUCAACAAGGCCCUGGAGUCGGACCCGGACUGCCGGCACGUGCUGCCAACGAACCCCAACACGGAGGCGCUCUUCCAGGCCAUGGGCGACGGCAUCGUCCUCUGUAAGAUGAUCAACCACUCGGUGCCGGACACCAUUGACGAGAGGACCAUCAACAAGAAGAAGCUCACUCCGUUCACCAUCCAGGAGAACCUGAACCUGGCGCUGAACUCGGCAUCGGCGAUCGGCUGCCACGUGGUGAACAUCGGCGCGGAGGAUCUGCGCGAGGGCAAGCCCCACCUGGUGCUGGGCCUGCUGUGGCAGAUCAUCAAGAUCGGCCUCUUCGCAGACAUCGAGCUCACACGCAACGAGGCCCUCAUCGCCCUGCUGCGUGACGGCGAGAGCCUGGAGGAGCUCAUGAAGCUCUCUCCCGAGGAGCUGCUCCUCCGCUGGGUCAACCACCAUCUGGAGAAUGCCGGCUGGAACAAGAUCUCCAACUUCUCUUCAGACAUCAAGACGGUGGCUGACUUUUGCAACGCUAUCAAGGACUCGCGGGCGUACUUCCACCUGCUCAACCAGAUUGCGCCGAAGGGGGACAAGGAGGGUCAGCCGCGAGUGGACAUCGACUUCUCUGGGUUCAAUGACAAGGAUGAGCUUCGCCGCGCCGAGAGCAUGCUGGUGCAGGCCGACAAGCUCGGCUGCCGGCAGUUCGUCACGCCGGCCGACGUGGUGAGCGGAAACCCCAAGCUGAACCUGGCCUUCGUGGCGAACCUCUUCAACAAGUACCCGGCGCUGCACAAGCCGGCCAACCAGGACAUCGACUGGGGCCUGCUGGAAGGUGAGAGCCGGGAGGAGCGGACGUUCAGGAAUUGGAUGAAUUCUCUGGGCGUGAACCCCUUCGUCAAUCACCUGUACAGCGACCUCGUCGAUGCGCUCGUGAUCAUCCAGCUGUUCGAGAAAAUCAAAACGCGAGUGGACUGGAACAAAGUGAACAAGCCUCCGUACCCCAAGCUGGGCGCCAACAUGAAGAAGCUGGAGAACUGCAACUACGCCGUGGAGCUGGGCAAGACGACCAAGUUCUCCCUGGUGGGGAUCGGCGGCCAGGACCUCAACGAUGGCAACCCGACGCUCACGCUGGCGCUCGUGUGGCAGCUCAUGCGCAAGUACACGAUUCAAGUCCUGGAGGACCUGGGUGAGGGAGAGAAGGUUAACGAUGAGAUCAUCGUGAACUGGGUGAACCACACGCUUCGCGACGCCGGGAAGAGCUCCUCCAUCGCCAGCUUCAAGGACAAGAACAUCAGCUCCAGCCAGCCCGUGCUGGACCUCAUCGACGCCAUCCAGCCGGGCUCCAUCCGCUACGACCUCGUCAAGGAGCAGCCCUUGACCGACGACGACCGGCUCGACAACGCCAAGUACGCCAUCUCGAUGGCGCGCAAGAUCGGCGCGCGCGUUUACGCGCUGCCCGACGACCUCGUGGAGGUGAAGCCCAAGAUGGUGAUGACCAUGUUCGCCUGCCUCAUGGGGCGCGGCAUGAAGAAGGUGUGACGCGCUGCGCCGCAGACACCACAACUGCUGCGCCAGGCACGCACAUGCACCCACGCGCACGCACAUGCACCCACACGCACGCACAUGCACCCACGCGCACACACACCGCUGCAACAACCAACGAUACAACCGCAACCUGCACCGCAUGCAGGCGACCGCGAGAGCCACACGCACCACAGCGCACGUGGUGCGCCAAAGGCAUGUCCUCCGCACGCUCCCCGCAAUCCACGCGCUUUACAGCUCGCUACGUUGCACGCGUAACACGCCGCACGCUCCUCCUGCCGCACGCUGUGGCACGGUAAAUGCCACCCUUAGCAGUGCUGGCCCACGCCGCGCUCGGGCACCGCAGUCGCCGAGCCGCUCGCAGCUCGUGGCACGCACCGUGGCACGCACCGUGGCACGCUGUAGCACACUGGUACACUGUGGCACGCCGUGACACAUCAUGGCACACCGUGGCAUGCCGUGGUGCACCGUGGCACGCAUCUUGCCGUGCUGCGUCACAGCAAUGCACACGCCACGCUUGCCAAUCUACUGCAGAUCUCGCACCACAAUGGCGCACAAGCACGCCAAACACACACAUGGCACACAAGCACGUCGCACACACACAUGGCACACAAUCCACACCCGACACAAAGAUAUGUCACACGCACUGCACUCUACCACUGGACACACAUUGUACGAGCACAAUUCACACACGUACACAUGCAAACUCAUCAUGUACGCGCCCACUUACACUGCACUCCCUAUCGCAGGACACACUCAGACAGCGCUCCCACAGACAUCACACACACAUCACCCGCACGCGCAUCACCGCGGUCACAGUACGUUUAGUAGGCGUCCUUGGUCCCCUGUGGGGCAGGCGCACUGGGGGAGGGUCGGAGUUGGGUCAGAACACUUACUGGGGAGCAUUCCUCUCAUCGUAGAACAGCAGCAUUCAGAAACGUGCUUUGCAAGCUUUCUCCAGCGGACGAACGUGUACAAUACGACGAGCGGAGAAGAGUCGCCACUUUUUCCCAGCUCGGGAGUUCUGUGGGACCGGCCCGUCGGUCGGCUUGUUACGUGUGUUUUUUUUCUGCAUUUUAUGGCAAUGUUUAUAUAUAUAUAUAACCACCCCGGUAAAUAUUACAAUCAACGACGGGGAGAGGGAAACGUGUCGUGAAAAUCGGUUGUAAAAGUGGAAAUCCUGGGAAUGAAAUUGCGUCGAGAAUUUUGAUGUUUGCGGAGGGUAUGACCCGUGCGUCCUAUCAUGGCCUAUGACCUAUGACCUAUGCAAGGUAACAAAAAAAUAAAGUGAGUUUGAAUGAAAUUGCGACAAUUGGGCUUUAUGCUGCAAAAAUUGACACCAAAGGCGAAGACGACGCUCAGGCGUGCUAAUUGGUGAAUGUGACGACGCGCGACUACGUAUUGUCUGUAUGUGCAAGGACACGGUACGAGUGAAGCGCGUUCGCGUGGGACUGGGGGGGAGGGGGGGGUGAAUGGUCAACGAGGGGGGGGUGAGCUGUGUGUCGGACGUAGGGCCAGGCGACCCUCGGUGGCUGCGUCGUGGCACCGGCACUGCAAAGCCACCAAGGGGGCACGCACGGGAGGAGGGAAAUCCCCACGGUUGCUCGCUAACACCCCCCCCCCCCCUCGUACAACACUGCCGACUUGCUCGCCCCGCCAGUCCGACGUGAAUCGGACGUUUUAAACACCCCGGCGGUCGUGCCCGUUGCUAUCGUUGAUCGACAAUCCGGUCACCCGCGGUGAGGAAAUUUGCCGCCGAGUGAAUUCCAACGCGCUUUGGGAAGAUCGAUCUCACCUCUCUCUCUCUCACUCGACAGAAUAAAUAAAUACAUCUCGCUUGGGCCGCCACCUGGCAGUGUUUACGCCGGGAAGGAGCUCACCGCUGCCAGGCGACGCUCAAUAUCUGGGGAGCAUUUGUGGGAGAGCAGCCUCGUGAUUCGUUGGCUGGAGUUGAAUACAAAUUUGAUGUCGGCUCCCCCCCCCCUUCAAAUGACACCAGCAGGGCAUCCCCUCCCCCACUGCUCCUCCCGCCGAGUGCUGCGCUGUCCGAUGUGAACGUUCUCAUUAAUUCGCCAGCGCGACUGUCGGCUGUUGGCCACCGUCAUACGCGUACGCCGGUCGCCAACACGCUCCGACCAGCAACCACUGAACUCCAUCUGGGAGAGGUGGGGCCCACCCCCCCACCCAGCGCUGGGGGCGCUGCUCAAUUGUCAAGACACCGAUUGGUGCAAAGUUUCUGUGGCGUGUCGGGCACAGGAUGGGGUUGUUGGAUGGUUGCGAGUCGGAGCGUGUCGGCCACCACCUGCGGCAAACCAGAUGUAAACACAAGUACAGUGUGGCCUCGUUAUUCGCUCGUGAAUAGCAAAUUUCGCAGAUAUUAUUGGCCUACGAAAACCUCUUUUUAAUGAAUGACCCUUAAUAAAUAAUCUAUUAAAGACGUGAACAUCCUAACACAAAAUGGGUUUUAAUAAAGUUAACGUAAAUAAAAGUAAAUAUUUAACGAUUAAAUAAUGGUUUAUGAAUUAACUUACCUGAAAUUGAUGCAGUAACGAUGAUCUCACCACUUUCUUGCAUCUAAACUAAAACUAAACAAAAUUUAAUUUUACCAGGUAAGGCCCACUGAGCAAUGUAGCUCUUUUUCAGAAGCGACCUGGCCACAAAUGAUAGCUCAACGAAGUGGGCUUACCGCGUGGAAAUUUAUAUCAGUCAAAUACUCUAAAACGCAUUACAUUCUCUCUCGUAACUUUCUCCGUCUCUCUCGAUGCAGUAGUCGCGUAAAGUUCCAGACGAUCGCCAGUUUGUGAAUAACGAGGCAAUACUGUACUCUAAUCUGGUUCUCCCGAAGGCGUUGAGCUCAACGCGACAUUUUGGUUACAUUUGCCUCCAUCCCGAAGCGUGCUGGGGUUUUGGCACCGCGUGCCGGGAGGGGUCGGCCGCGAUGUACGCCUGGCGGAGCGCACACAGAGAGAGCAGCGCUCUCCAUUCCCCCCGUCAUCCUGUGAACGCUGCCUCCGGCAACAUGGGGCGGUCGCGCCCGUUGAUUCGUAAGCGCAGCUCCAUUGUCGGGUGGCGGCGACGGCUCCGCUGCUGCUGCUCCACGUGGCUGCCCGUCAACCAGCGCCUUGCGGGCAGCAGCGGCAGCAGCGAGGGUUGGUGGAUCGCCGCACAAAUGACGCAUUUCUGUGGGCGUCGAGGAGCUCCGUACCCUGGCGCGCCAGGAGAAGGCAGUACAGCAAGUGUGGACUAAUCUCCAUCAGUCUCGUCUGUAUUGGAUAGCGGUGCACCUUCGCACGCUGCAUUUUCUCCGGGCGCUUCGGUUUCCUCCCACACGUGUAAACACUCGUUAAUUGGUCGAAAAACAUCUUAAUGUAUAGAGGAGCGCAGAGCGUGGGCAAUUGUCGGCAGUGCCGGCUCACCGCCUGCUGGGAUUGUGAGAUUCACUUUGCAUGAACGACGAUGCUAUAUACAAAACUUUUGAAUGAAGAGUUUUACUUUUAAAAUGUAUCUUGUAUUUGGACCCAGUAUCUUGCCAAUAAACUGUUCAUGGGAUUCCGAAUUGUGAUGUUCAAAGCAGAGUAUGGGAUCGCAGUACGAAAACCGAGCUUCUGGACGUGUUCAUGACAUUUUUUGUUUUUCUAGAAUGUUGACGUCUUAUUGUUUUACAAUCAUGUUGCCGUUGCUAGCUUUGAAGUUAACGUUUUACUUAACAGUACAAGGCUAGACAUUGCUAUUUUGUUCUUUGAGGUCUUUAUAUAAAUAUACUAUUAAAAAAAAACACCCCUUGACAAA